GUGUAUAUAGUUAGAAGGUAUACAGAGUAAUCACUAGAAUCUUCAGCGAAAAACAUCAUGAGUUCAGAAAAUUGUAUAGAUAUGAAGCAUUAUGUUCUUGUGCAUGGAGCUUGCCAUGGAGCUUGGAGUUGGUACAAGCUCAAGCCACUCAUUGAGUCUGCAGGCCACAAGGUGACAGUGCUUGAUCUAGCAGCUUCUGGAAUCAACACGAAGAAAAUAGAAGAUGUUGAUACUUUCUCAGCCUACACUGAGCCUUUGUUGCAGCUAUUGGCCACACUUCCCUCGAAUGAGAAGGCAGUUCUAGUUGGUCACAGCCUUGGGGGAUUGAACAUAGCACUUGCAAUGGACAAGUUCCCACAAAAGAUAGCUGUUGGUGUUUUCUUAACAGCUUUUGCUCCAGACACUCAACACCGCCCAUCUUAUGUCUUGGAACAGUACAAUGAAAGGACCCCGUCGGCUGAAUGGUUGGACACUGAAUUUUCUCCAACCGGAAACAAAACAUUAAUGUUCUUUGGCCCCAAGUUCUUGUCCAACAAGCUCUACCAGCUCUCUUCUGUUGAGGACUUUGAAUUGGCCAAGAGUUUGGCAAGGCCAUCAUCACUUUUCAUGGAAGACUUGUCAAAGCAAAAGAAGUUUUCCAAGGAAGGAUAUGGGUCAGUUCCACGUGUUUUUAUUGUUUGCAGUGAGGAUAUUGGAAUUCCAUUGAAUUUUCAGCUAUGGAUGGUUCAAAAUAUGGGCUUCAAUGACGUUGUAGAAAUCAAAGGCGCAGAUCAUAUGGCUAUGCUUUGCAAGCCACGAGAACUGUUCGAUUCCCUCCACCAAAUAGCGACUAAAUACGCAUAAAUUCAUGAAAUGGGCUUUAAUUAAUUUUAUUUGUCGUGUUUGAAUUUGACUUGUCACUUGUGUUGUUAGAAUUAUAAGAAUAGAAACUCGAGAAAAAUGAAUAAAACAAACAUAGCAACUUCUGUGA